AUGGCGACUCCCAAUUCAACAUGUCCACCACCAAUGGAGGCCACGUCCAAUGGAGCGUUUCAACAUGAAAACCCCUUGGAUUAUGCACUUCCCCUUUUAAUUGUUCAGAUGUGUUUGGUUGUGAUCUUCACCAGAUUCCUUGCAUUCCUUUGCCAACCUCUAAGACAACCCAGAGUUAUUGCAGAGGUCAUUGGAGGAAUACUACUUGGACCAUCAGCAAUUGGAAGGAAUGAGAAAUUCCUGCAUACAAUAUUUCCCAAGAGAAGCUUAACUGUGCUGGAAACAGUUGCCAAUAUUGGCCUCCUAUUCUUCUUGUUUCUGGUGGGUCUAGAGCUUGACAUGCGUUCUUUACGCAGAACUGGUCAUAAGGCAUUGGGUAUUGCCAUUGCUGGAAUCACAUUCCCUUUUGUUCUUGGCAUUGGCACAUCAUUUGCUCUUCGAGCCACCAUAUCCAAAAAUGUUGAUUCAGCCUCAUUCCUUGUCUUCAUGGGUGUUGCUCUCUCAAUCACUGCUUUUCCCGUCCUUGCUCGUAUCUUAGCUGAGCUCAAACUCCUCACAACUGAUGUUGGUCGCAUAGCAAUGUCUGCAGCUGCUGUUAAUGAUGUUGCUGCAUGGAUACUACUUGCUCUUGCUAUAGCUCUAUCAGGCUCUGAGACAACACCUAUAGUUUCUUUAUGGGUCUUGCUUUGUGGUCUCGCUUUUGUCCUCUUUGCUAUCUUUGUCAUAAAGCCCUUGCUUGCAAUGAUGGCUAAUCGUUCACCUGAGGGUGAACCAGUGCAGGAGAUUUUCAUAUGCAUCACCUUGACAGUAGUCUUGGCUUGCAGUUUUGUCACUGAUACUAUUGGCAUUCAUGCACUCUUUGGUGCUUUUGCAGUUGGCAUAGUUAUGCCCAAAGAUGGUCCCUUUGCCGGGGUUUUGAUCGAGAAGAUAGAGGACCUCGUAAUGAGCCUUUUCUUGCCACUCUAUUUUGUGUCAAGUGGUUUGAAGACUAAUGUUGCAACCAUAAGUGGUGCACUUUCUUGGGGAUUACUUGCCCUUGUUAUAUUCACUGCUUGCUUUGGAAAGAUCAUUGGCACAUUCGUUGUGUCAAUGUUAUGUAAGGUGCCUUUUAGAGAAUCCUUGGCCCUUGGAUUUCUCAUGAACACAAAGGGCUUGGUGGAGCUCAUUGUCCUUAACAUUGGCAAGGAUCGAAAGGUACUGAACGACCAAGCAUUUGCAAUUUGUGUUGUGAUGGCACUGGUCACCACUUUCAUUACCACUCCAAUAGUGAUGGCAGUGUAUAAACCAGCUCGUAGGGGAUCACCUUACAAGCAUAAAACAGUUCAGCGCAAUGAUCCUGACUCGGAGCUUCGGGUGCUAGCAUGCUUCCACAGUACACGCAGCAUUACUACCUUGAUCAAUCUAAUAGAGUCAUCACGGGGAACCCGAAAACGAGGAAAGCUUUGUGUGUAUGCCAUGCACUUGAUGGAACUAUCAGAGCGACCUUCAGCCAUCACAAUGGUUCACACGGCACGUAACAAUGGCAUGCCAUUUUGGAACAAAAAAUAUAACAAUAGAGAUCAAGUGGUCAUUGCAUUUCAGGCUUAUGGUCAUCUAAGUAGUGUCAAUGUUCGUCCCAUGACUGCCAUAUCAGCUUUCAACAACAUUCAUGAAGACAUUUGUACUAGUGCACACCAAAAGCGGGUAGCAAUCAUUCUCCUCCCUUUCCACAAACACCAACGUGUUGAUGGGUCUAUGGAGUCAUUGGGAAACUCAUUACAUGUAAUGAAUGGUCUUGUGCUUACCCAUGCUUCUUGUUCUGUGGCAAUUUUGGUUGAUCGUGGGCUUGGAGGGACAACCCAAGUCCAAGCUAGUGAAGUGUACUUCAAUGUUGCUGUGGCCUUCUUUGGAGGGAGUGAUGACCGUGAAGCACUUGCCUAUGGAAUGAGAAUGGCCGAACAUCCUGGGAUUUUGCUAAGUGUUGUUAAGUUUAUUGCUCCAUCUGGGAUGACGUUGGCUUUUGGAGCCAAAUUGGUUGGUGUAACAGCCAACAACGACAAGAAAUUAAUAAAUGUGGGUGUGGCUGGUGACACUACCCAAGAUGAAGAUAAACAAGAGGAUGAAAAAUUUUGGUCUGUGUUCUUAAGUGCAUGCUGCAAGAGUGGAGGGUCAAUAAUAUAUGAGGAUAGGUUGGUGGAAAGCAGAGAAGAUGUUGUAUCUGUAUUGAGUGAAAGGACUAGGAGCAAUCUUAUUUUGGUAGGUAGAAUGCCACCAGUGGCACCUUUGAUAGACAUAAGUGAUUGUCCAGAGCUUGGUCCUGUUGGAAGCUACUUGGCUUCUUCUGAGUUUUCCACUUCUGCAUCAGUUUUAGUAUUUCAACAAUACAAUCCCAAAACGGACAAAUACCCAUUGGUUAUGGAGAUUUCUGAUUACUCAAAUAUGCCAGACACGCCCAUGAAUUCUCCAUAG